AACCAACGGAAUAGACGUACGCAUUCUCGAUUUAAUUGCUGAAUUCGCCGAAAAUCAAAGCAAAAAAAUAUAUUUCUAUAUACAUAUAUAUAUUUUUUAUGAAUUUCACAUAUAAUUUGGCCAGAUAAAGGCAAACAAGUGUAACUCAGUUAUAAAAGUGCUCAAUUUGUUCAUAUAUUUAUCCAAAUAAUAUAUUUUGGUGUUUGAUAAGAAAUCCGUGAGAAUAGUUGUUGUAGUUGCAUAACCCCCGCGACCAUUGUAAGCGCCAAAAUAAGAACGCCCGAAGGCAACAACAACAACUGCAACAUCAAUCAACACUAGUACGAAAAUUUCAUUGCCGCUUAUGCAAAACAAAAACAAAGAAGCGCAGAGCGAAUAUAAAAAAGAUUCCAUUGCCGGGAGCACAGCCGUUUCCCCGGCUCCGGGGCCCCACAGGCCGUCGAGCUACAAGCGCUCGUUAAUAAUACUUUAAGGAAAAAUCAAAACUCGAUUAUGUCCCAAAAUCGUGAUACGCUGAUACAUUUACUAGCCGGCGCAUCCGCUGGCACAGUUGGUGCUGUGGUCACAUGUCCCUUGGAGGUGGUCAAAACGCGUCUGCAGAGCUCGACGGCGUUUCUGCCCACGGCGACGACGACGCGCAUUGUCGAGCCAGCUGGCGGACCGGCGAAUGGCGGCGCCUCUGAGCUGUUGCGGCCGGAACAACGACGUAAGCUAAGCACAACGAUAUUACGUAACAGAUCACAGCCACAGGUGAUUGGGGGUGUGCGUAGGAUAAUGGCUAUAUCACAUUGCGGCAUCUCCUCGACUACCCCAAAAUCCAUGAGUAUCAUGCAGUGUCUCCGAUACAUUGUACAAAAUGAAGGUCCCCGCGCUCUGUUCAAAGGUCUUGGACCCAACCUGGUGGGCGUGGCCCCAUCGCGUGCCAUUUACUUUUCCACCUAUUCACAGACAAAGAACUCGCUCAACAGUUUGGGUUUCGUUGAGCGCGAUUCGCCCCUGGUUCACAUUAUGAGCGCUGCAAGCGCUGGCUUUGUCGCAUCGACGGCAACGAAUCCCAUUUGGUUUGUGAAGACGCGUUUGCAGCUGGACUACAACGCGAAGGUGCAAAUGACGGUGAGACAGUGCAUCGAACGGGUCUAUGCACAGGGCGGCAUCGCUGCCUUCUACAAGGGCAUCACAGCGAGCUACUUCGGCAUCUGCGAGACGAUGGUGCACUUUGUCAUCUACGAGUUCAUCAAGUCGAAGCUGUUGGAGCAACGCAAUCAGCGGCAUUCGGAUACGAAGACUUCGAGAGAUUUCGUCGAGUUCAUGAUGGCUGGCGCUGUAUCGAAAACAAUCGCCUCCUGCAUUGCUUAUCCACAUGAGGUGGCGCGAACGCGUUUGCGCGAGGAGGGCAACAAAUACCAUAGCUUCUGGCAAACGCUGCACACGGUGUGGAAAGAGGAGGGUCGCGCCGGACUGUAUAGAGGCUUGGCCACGCAACUGGUGCGGCAGAUACCCAACACGGCGAUCAUGAUGGCCACCUAUGAGGCGGUGGUUUAUGUUUUGACGCGACGCUUUAACAAUAAAUCGAAUGAGUUUUACGAUUUUUAAGGAAACACCUUUAAUGCCACGCCUACUUAGACAGAAGGAGGAACUGGUUAA